UGAGCGAGAAAAUGAUGGCGGUUGUCCAAAUGGUUAAAGAGCCCAGCUUACGAUCAGAUGGAGGCUGAGAGUGAAAAGUGAGCAGAACAGUUGGGAAAGAUCGGUGUAUUCAGGAGAGGACGCGCUGUUCGGUUAAAGCCCGGCCGUUUCUGCUCGGAUAAGCGAGCGGACGAUGUUAUAUCGGGGGAUUUCUGCAGUGUUGAAGCUCGGGGAGCUAUCAGCUAGCAGCCAGUAGUAAUUUUGUACCGCGGGGGUUUAGCUAACAGCAGCGAGCCACGUAGCUUAUAUUUAGCCACACAGCUAGGUUAGCUAGUGGACUGACUGGCUGGCUUGUUAGCGCUUCUGCUGGCUAACUAGCUAGGUUUCUCAGCGGUGCCUGCUUGGAAGACCACUGGGAUAUAAGCAUAUUUCUGUGAAUACUGCCUCCAUUUAAUGCUUUUAUCUGUAGCUGAAGAAGCAGGACGAGGAACAACUGCGGUGAUGUGAAUGAGGGAGUCAUGGCUGACCACACCCCUCCACUGGAGUCCGGCCAGUUACUCAGCCCAGAUCUCCCACUUCUUACCUCCCCACCCCCACCCAGCUUGGUCAAUGGAGAUGGAGCCCAACAGGUAAUCUUGGUGCAAGUAAACCCAGGUGAGGCCUUCACAAUCCAGCGAGAGGAUGGUCAAUUUCAGUGUAUCACAGGUCCUGCUCAGGUUCCCAUGAUGUCCCCAAAUGGUUCAGUGCCUCCAAUCUAUGUGCCUCCUGGAUACGUUCAGCAAAUCAUUGAGGAGAAUGGAGUGAGGCGUGUUUUGGUCUUACCUCAGGCGGAGUUCCACCCGGGGGGCCACUCUCCGCUGCACCACCCGCCCCCUCCACCCCCCCACGCCCACCUGCAGGCCUUCAUCCCACACCCUCAUCAUCCCAUCAUGCCUCAUCCUUCUCACCUGUACUCAGGCAUGGCCGGCGGAACGGGAGACAUGAAUCCGCAGUACAUCUCUCAGUACCACCCAGCUCACAUUUACUCAGAGCAGGUUUCUACAGACACUCACCCACCACAUGGGCGAACACCAUUUGUUCACAGGGACGAAAGGGCUAACAAAACCUAUGAGCGACUUCAGAAGAAGCUGAAAGAGCGGCAAGGCGGGCAGGCAGGAGGAGGGGGUGGUCUGGUACCUUCCAAAGACAGUCCUCCUCUUUCCCCACAGAAGAACCGUGGAACCCCACCAGGGGGAGGGGACCUGCAGAAUGGUGUUGGGCUUAAGGGAGUGGAGGAACAGAGCCAGGCCAGCGCAGCAGUCACCAGCUUGGGCAUGGAAUGUCAAGGGAGAGGGAGAGAUAUGGAGCCUGCAGAAAUGAAUGAGAAGAUGCAGGCAAUUCAGGAAUGGAUAAACAACAUGAGCAAGCCAGUGGUUACAGACAUCCAGGCCAGGGGAGCAUCUCUAUGCUGGGUGGCCCCAGUGAGGACAGCGGUGGAAGAAGAGCAGCAGCAGCAGGAGGAGGGAGAGGAAAAAUCGGAGGAUCCCUGCUUCAGCUAUGAAGUGUCUGUCUCUUACAGUGGAAAAGAUGGAAAAUAUAACACUGCCUACAGUGGUAAAGAACUAAGUGCAACCAUAGAUAACCUAAGACCAGCAACAGACUACCAUGUCAGGCUCCAGGCCAUGUGUAACUGUUUACACGGAACCCCCUCUGAGCCUGCUAGUUUCACUACUCUGAGCUGUGAGCCUGACACCCCCAGUCCACCUCGCAAAGCCAGCGGCACAAAAAGCACCCUCGUCCUGCAGUGGAAGGCUCCAUGCGACAACGGUUCCAAAAUUCAAAACUACAUACUACAUUGGGAUGAGGGUAAGGGCACAGGAGCGUUUGAGCAGUGCUAUUACGGCCCCCAGAAGCAGUACAGGGUGACCAAGCUCUCUCCAGCAUCCAAAUACUCAUUCCGCCUAGCGGCCAAAAAUGAUAUGGGUAUCAGUGAGUUCAGUGAACCUGUAGACAUGAUGACGUCAUGCAGUGUUCCCGCGCCCCCACUCAGCCCAGAACUGGUCCAGGCUGGAGUCACCUGGAUCUGUCUGAAGUGGAACAGGCCAGUCGGUUCACCAAAAGAAGACGAAAUUAACUAUGUGCUGGAAAUGGAGGAAGAGGGCUCGGGUUACGGAUUCCAGCCCAGCUUUGAUGGGGACGAGCUGUCCUGCACAGUCAGGAAUCUACACAGGAGCACCAAGUACAAGUUCAGGGUUGCUGCAUACAACGCAGAAGGGAAGAGUAACCCCAGUCCUGUAUCUGAGUUCACCACAGCCCCAGACAGACCCAGCUGCCCCUGCAGACCUUCCGUCAAGGGUAAACCGCAUCCCACCAGCUUCCGGAUGACCUGGGAUCCCCCGAAAGAUAACGGUGGUUCAGAUGUGUCUGAGUAUGUGGUGGAAAUGUCUGAAGCUGGAAGCGGGUCCUCUUGGGAGCAGGUGUACAGAGGCUCAGCAAUGGAGUGUGUUUGUGAUGGGUUGAAGCCAGGGUGCUCGUACCAAGCUAAAGUCUACUGCCUCAGUGUUGGAGGACAGAGCCCGAUGUCAGAAACGCUGCAGGUCCAGUUGCCGGCUGUUCCUCCUGGCCCGUGUCAGCCACCCAGAGUUGUAGGCAAACCCAAAGCCAGAGAAGUUCAGCUUCGCUGGGCUUCUCCGCAGGUGGAUGGUGGGAGUGCCGUGUGUAGUUACAGCGUGGAGGUGUUUGCACCCCAGGCGGAGGAGGGCAAGGAGGUAUACCAGGGCUCUGACCUUGACUGCACUGUGUGUAGUCUUCUGCCUGGGAGAUCCUACGGCUUCCGCUUGAGAGCAGCCAAUAAAGCUGGGUAUGGGCCGUAUUCUGAGCGCACCGAGGUGACCACCGGACCAGGAGCACCGGAGCCUUGUCGACCCCCUCAUGUUGUGUGUAAAUCGCCUUCAUGUGCAGUGGUCAGCUGGGAAGCUCCACCGUGUAAUGGUGCAGCAGUGACUGAGUAUCGAUUAGAGUGGGGGGCAGCAGAGGGCAGCAUGCAGGUGUGCUUCACUGGACCUGGAACAAGCCACGAGCUCAAGGGCUUGCUACCUGCCACCAACUACUUCUGCAGAGUGCAGGCAGUGAACGUAGCAGGUGUGGGACCCUUCAGUGACGUUGUUCUGUGCCAGACGCCAUGCUCUGUUCCGGCUGCGGUCAGCAGCGUUCACGCUCUCCGCGAGUCAGAGAUGAGAAUGGAUGACCGAGGCUCUGACAGAGGAGAAGAGGAGGAGGAAGAGGAGGAGGAAGACGAGGAGGGUGAGGACGAGGGUGACGCGCCCUCUCCGCCUCUCUACUCCCCGUCCACCUGCUUGGGGCUGCGCUGGGAGGCGCCGUGUGAUCACGGAGCAGAGAUUACAUCUUACCUGAUCGACAUUGGAGAGAGACAGCCAAUUCUCACAGGCCCUGUAACCAAAUACAUUAUACAGAACCUGCAGCCGGAUACAAGCUACAGGAUAAGAAUUCAGGCUCUAAACAGCCUGGGUGCCGGUCCCUUUAGCCACACCUUUAAGCUGAAGACCAAGCCCCUGCCCCCCCUGCCUCCACGCCUGGAGUGCACUGCAUUCAGUCACCAGACCCUCAGGCUCAAGUGGGGGGAGGGCCCGACCAAGGGCACCCCCACCGACUCCCUACAGUACCACCUCCAAUUGGAGGACAAGAACGGCAGAUUUAUAUCCUUGUAUAAAGGACCCUGCCAUACUCACAAAGUGCAGAGGCUAAAUGAGUCUACCUCGUACACGUUUCGCAUCCAGGCCUUUAAUGAAGCGGGCGAAGGGCCCUUCUCCUCUGUUUACACCUUCACCACCCCUCGCUCACCCCCAGCUCCACUCAAAGCACCACGUGUGGAACGUCUGGAAGAGUCUUGUGAGAUCAGUUGGGAAGCCCUGCCACCAAUGAAGGGAGAUCCGGUUAUCUACUGCCUGCAGUGCAUGCAGGGAAACUCUGAGUUCAAACAGAUCUAUAAGGGCUCAGCCACUGUAUUCCAGCUGCCCAGUCUGAGCUCGUCCGCUGAGUACCGCUUCCGAGUCUGCGGCAUUCGCCAGUGCCAGGAUGCUCCAGAGAUCAUCGGACCCUACAGCUCGACCGUCACUCUGCUGCCCCCUCGCAUCGAAUCCCCCAGCACCUCCACCUCCACAGGGCCUAAAGCUGCCGAGAUCCAGCGGCCCAGACGGAGCCUGUCGGACGAACAGUUCUCUUUUCUCAUUAUUGCCCUCCUGGCAGUCACUUCCAUUCUCAUCGCUGUCGCCAUCCAGUACUUUGUCAUCGAGUGAGCCCCCUUAAAGGCGUGAGGCGGGAUUCGGAACAUUUUAUGGUUCGAUCUUUUUUCUUUCUUUUUUUUUCGUUUUGUAUUUGUUUGUUUUUUUUUGUACGUUUUCUGUAAGUUUUCGUUUCCGGUAUGUUUCUUUCUUGGCACCAGCGUUGUUUGAGGGAGACGUGUGGAAGGGAAAGGAUGAAGAAAGCAAGCCGAGGCUGUAGGUCUAAUUUUGCCGACUGAUCUUUUUGACUCUUCUCUUUUUCUCUGCUGUCGAUCCAUUCUUUCUCUCUUUUGCGCUGUUGGAAAGAAGUGUUCCUCUGGUUUUAGCUGAGAGGUGGUUAUUGAAGGAUUAGGAAUGAAGCUUACUGCUUGUCACAUACUAAUUUUACCCUUGAUUACAUGUGUAGCUGGAGAUUUUCCUCAUAUUUAUAUUUUCAGUUUUUAUGAUGAUUUGUUAAUUUGUCCAGUAUGUGACACUUGAUCUGUGUUCCAAAGCUAGCUUCGUGAUGGCAGUGUUCACUGGUUUGCUGGUUUGGGCUUGGGACUCAGAAGGCCAGUGAAUACAGUGUGCAGGUCGGCAGGAGGGGGAGGAAUCUCUGUCCUGCAAGCACAUGGGAGAAGGCUGAAGCCUCAAAGGGACCGAGCCUUUCCUGGGAGAUGUAGUAGUCUAAGAGGAGGAGGAGGUGGGCGGUGAAUAUGCUUGUUCACGUUAUAGAACAUUCAUUUAGCACUUUCGUCAAAACUUUUUUGAUGUGCAGAAUGUGUAGGGAUGCAAAAAUGACUAGAGAAAUGGUAGUAUAUUUUUGUACAGUAUGAUGCAAGGACCUGUUCAUUUUAAGAAUGGAUUGGUAUAGGGUUAGGACAAUGACUGGGGGUGGGGGGUGGUGGGUAUAGGGAAGAGGGGUGGAGAAAAAAAACAAAACAGAAACCUAACACAGUUAAAGGAUAUUUUUACUAUCAUGUAAGUAUACUGUAGCUUGAUUUUACAAUCAUACAGCUGCUUUGCUCCAAAAUAUUGUUCAGCACAAACAAUGUAUGCUUAUCUGAAUCUUUCCUUGAGUCGUUAUUUUUGCACCUUAGUGAACGAAAAAAAAAAAAAAACAAUACUGAAUGCGUCUUGUGAUACGUUUUAUGGAACACAUUCUCUGAUUGUGCAAGCCCUUCUUGUGUUUUGGAUGUUAAAUUGUAGUACCACAAAAUUAGUGUUAUUGAAAUCGUUUUAUUUCAAAAUGAUGCUGAUUUGACUCGUGAUUUGAAUCAACAAGUUGUUCUGCCUAGUAUUUUCUUAAUUUCUCUCAGUUUAUUACUUAUUGAUUUUUUUGUUUAUUUAGGUUUAAUAACACAAAUUAUAUUGAUUACUUAUAGCAAUAUUUUUUUUUUUCGAUGUAUAGAAAAUUAGGUUAAUCCAGAUUAUUAUGUAGAGUAUAUUCUCAAAUAUUCAUUCUUUUGGUUGUUUGUUAAUUUCCUUGAUCAAAUUGCAUAUUUAAAGUUUAUUUUAUAUUUAAGUACAGCAUCAGAGUUAUCCAUCUCCAGGGAAACAAAGAAAAACAUGUUAAAUCAAAAGCAAAAAGCAGUGAUUAAUUGAUACGAUGUGUUGACUCUACAUGUACUUCCUGUGAAUCGAAAUUAUUUGCCUUUUCUCUGUGUUAAGUCAUUGUGACUGAUUGCCAGCGCUGCAUUGUGGCAGUGUGACAAUCUGGCCGUGGGGUCUAGUGUCGUGCUUGGUUAUGGCAACGGUGCUGUCGCUACCAUUAAGAACUACAGGUACCUUGCAAGAAGUCUUGGGUGAAUUUUAUGAUUUGGUCUAUUAGAUAGUCUGCAAUUGUCUUCUCUUUGUCACUGAAGGAAAAAAAAAUAAAGAAAUCAAAAUACCUAUUUUUGAUAGUGAAAAAAAAAAUGUAAUUGCAAAGUGUGCCAUUUUAACAUCUCCCCCACCAUUAGUAGGCUUCUACAUUUGGUUCAAGGGAGAAGGAAAAAAAAUGACAAAAAAAAUCAAGAAAAUAUGCACAAAAACAUGACCAUUUUAUGUAAUUUUAAUGUUUGCAGUUACCUCAUACACCGUACAUUCCAAAAUGAAAAAUUUGUUAUACUAUACAUACAUAUCACUUAAAAUGUUCGUUAUGAGAUCAGAAAUGUAAUCAUAAAUAUGUAUCUAAAGUGUAUCUGUAAAGUCAUGAUAUCUACAAAAAGAUUCAUGCACAAUAAAAAAAUGUAUAAUUCUUAAA